AUGAAGGCACAUCUCGGGCUGGCCUUGUUGACGCUGCUGGCGCUUUCAACAGUGUUGCCAUCCACCGCUCCCGCUGAGCUGCCUGGGGUCAAGUUCACCGUCACCCAGGCCGGGCUGAAGGUGUUCACCGAUGGACUGUCUAUCGUGCCGCAGAUCUUCCACAACAUCUCCUCGCCAUUCGUCCAGGGGUCCGCCCCGGCUCCGGGUGUUGGCACGGUGAAGUGGACCUUGUACUCGGCCUCCCCAAUGCAGCUCGUCAACUCCACGUCUAGCACCGGCCUCCAGCCCAAUACCGGCAUCACGCUGACCAUUAACACGCAGCUGGUGGCCAGCGUAGGCUUCCAGUACACCCAGCUGGACUCGCCCUACUCUUCUGGCUCGGGGAGGAGCCUGAAGCUCAAUUUCCAGGGGACCUCCAUCGCGCUACUGCUCCAGCUGGGCGAAAACAACCAACAGUUCACCCUCACCACCCUGUCCGCGAAGUGCAACGUCACCAGCAUCGACGUAAUGAACGCAGCCGGCCCCAGCUGGCUGGGCGACAUCUUCAUGAAGGCCAUGCGCCAGCCCCUGCAGUCUGCCUUUGAAGCGAUGAUCGCCGGUCCUACCUUCGCCUCCACGGUCAACCAGGUGGUGGACAAGUCUUUGGCCAGCAUGCCGGUCCACCAGAACAUCUGGGGCCUCCUCGAGAUGGACAACUCGUUCAACUCGCCGCCCAACGUGACGGCAGACCACCUCGCGCGGGGGCUGCUGCCGAACGGCACCGAGGUCCCGGUGUUCCGGCUCCCCAUGCCCGACACCGUCAACGACAUGGUGCAGAUCUUGAUCAGCGACUCCAAUGCUCCGCUUUGGCUUGCCGUCAUGAUGAAGACCGACUUUUGGAUUCCAUUCGUGCCGGCACUGGGCAGCUUUCCGGACUGCGAUCUGAUCGCGCAGGUGGCGGCCAACAGUCCGCCCAUGGUCUCCUUCCAGAAGGAGGGCAUUCAGCUCCAGAUCACCGCCGAGAUCCUCAUCUCGGUGGUCUACGGCGGGGCCAUCAACGGCACGACUCAGGGGAUCAUCGGGCUCGGUGUCUCCAUCAACGCCGGAGGCGAGGUUAAGAUCAACAAUGGAGUACUGAACGGCCAGUUCUCCUACAUAGACUGUCAGUACAAAGUGCUGCUGUCUCUGGUGGGGGACAUCACUGCCAUCGACCAAUUCAACUGGGUCCUCGAGGACGUCUGCACCGAUGCCUUCCUGCCCGCCAUCAACUACCACGCGGGGGUGGGCAUCCAGAUCCCCGCCCUGCAGGGGUUCAACCUCGUCAAUCCGACCAUCGUCAACACCGGCGAAGAUUUUAUCGCCCUCACCACCAACCUCACCUUCUAG